CAGCAACUAUGAACUUUCAUUGAUCCUAUACAAGGCAGUCCAUUUAUCAGGGAGACUUUGAGCUGAAAAUGGCAAAAGUAGAAGCAGAAGAGCACAGGGAAGCACUGUCUCAGGCUUCUUCAUCCUGUUUGACUGAAGCAAUGAAUGUAUCACAGCAAAGCAACCUUGAAGGCAACUUGGAUGCGGAUACUGUGAACCCAGUUUGUGAAUAUAUUUCAAAUGAUUUACCAAGGGAGUUUAUGUUACCCAAGGCUAAAGCAAUUAUUAAAUCCAUUGAUGAUUAUUCACAGCCACAGUUUGGCCCCAACAAACUUUUAGAUUCAGCAGCAGUUUCAGAAGGGUCAGGACUUCAAGAUUGCUCCACACAUCAAAGAGCACCAGAUCACAGCCAUGAUGAAAUAUCAGACCUAGAUAGCUACAAAUCAAACAGUAAAUACAAUUCUUGUGUUAUAUCAGCAUCCAAGAGAAACAGACCUGUCAGUGCUCGGGUGGGUCAACUGAGAGUUGCAGAGUUCUCUUUACAAUUUCAGUGGACCAAAAAUUGGCAAAGAUUGUCUCAAAGACACAAACUUCAACCAAGAGUGAUUAAAGUAACAGCUUACAAAAAUGGAUCUAGAACAACCUUUGCCAAAGUUGCUGUACCAACCAUCACCUUGUUGCUGGAGGAGUGCACGGAAAAGCUGAAUCUGAACAUGGCUGCAAGACGAGUGUUCUUGGCAGACGGCAGGGAAGCUCUCGAACCUAAAGAUAUACCCCAUGAAGCUGAUGUUUAUGUUUCAACGGGGGAGCCCUUUGUAGAUCCAUUCAAAAAUAUUAAAGACCAUCUGUUGUUAAUGAAGAAUGUAACCUGGACAAUGAAUGGGCUGAUGCUUCCUACUGAUGUUAAAAGAUGGAAAACCAAACCUGUUCUUUCUAAUAGAAUGAAGAAACUUACUGAGAAGACCUCAGUCCGAAUUCUGUUCUUUAAGAAUGGCAUGGGACAGGAUGGGCAUGAGAUAAUAGUGGGAAAGGAAACAAUGAAAAAGGUUUUAGAUACUUGCACAAUGAAAAUGAAUUUAAAUUCACCAGCUAGAUAUCUUUAUGAUUUGUAUGGCAGAAGAAUUGAAGAUAUUUCAAAAGUUCCUCUGCUUGAAAAAUGCUUGCAAAAUUCCAUCACACCUUUGCGAGGACCACUUUGGGUCUCUAAGGGAGAAGGUUUCAGCCCCUCAGGAGCUAAGAUGUACAUCCAAGGAGUUCUUGUGGCCUUGUACCAACGAUUAAAGUCUGCAAAAAAAUAUUAUAAACAGCUGAACCUGGUCAUGAAUGAACAGAAGGAGAAAAUUACAGAAAAAUUCAUUCUUUCAAUGUCAGCAAAGGAACACAAAAAGGCACAAGAAGAGGUGAGCAAGCUGAUUGAUGAACUGCAGACAGCUAUCAAAAGCAACAGAGGUCAUCUCUCGAAGCUUGGCCCCCAAUUACAGGCUGAGCAGGAGCAGUUCUCCUCUUAUGUCUACCAACACAUUAAAAGCCUUCCAGCAAACACACUUGUCCCAAGAGGCCUGAAACUCAAGGUGUUUGAAAAUGGCAAAGACACUGGCGAGAUCUCCGUUUGUAUCAGUAUAAGAGAUUUGUGUUCUGAUAGCCCAACUCAAACUAGCAAUCUGAUGGAAAGAUUACUUCUCAAGAUUCAUCAAAGGCUUCAAGGUUCUUCCAUCAGCCCACCGGGCCUCCAUUUUUCUUCAACCCGGCUUUUUGACGAGCAUGGUCAAGAAAUUAAGAAUCCACUUUUGCUGAAGAAUGAGCAAAAAAUUUGGGUCUCUUAUGGUAAAGCAUACAGAUCUCCACUGAACCCUGUGUUAGGUUUGACCUUUGACCGAGUGACUGCAUUUGUCAAAGGUGGCGUCACAGUUGCCUAUAAGAUCUUUUCAGAUCAUACUACUGUUCUACUACCUGGCUAUGACAAUUGGGAAGUUUGUGAAGGCUUUCCAAUUAAUUUCAACUGCGCCAGUCAACAGAUACCUGAUCACUUUGAAAAGGUGGAUUUGGACAACCAUUUCCUACAGAACAAGGUGGAUCCCAGUAUCAUCCUUCAUGCCUCCAUUUCCAUUGGAAAGCGGAGUUCCUCCAGCAGUCAAGUGAGCAGCGGGAGUCCAAUAGCACUGUCAACCCUGUGGCCUGCAGCCAGUGUGUGGCUGAUCACGAAGGCUGGAAUGAUCCUGAGCAGAGCGAUAACUCAGGGCUGCCUUGCUAUUGGUCAUCCAGUCAGAAUCAGUGCUGCGGAGGGAACAUCACUAGAAGGAUAUAAAUUAGUCCUACAGAAAAGACGUAAAGGAGAUGAAUCUCAGAAGUGGGUGUUCGGAGCUGAUGGUUGCAUUUACUCUAAGGCUCAUCCUCAAUUUGUUCUGACCUACCUAGAGGAGCUAAACGCACGAGUGAAUGUGGCCCAGACGGAGUAUCACAGUCACCAGGGCACCGGGACCACGGCUCAUCAGGAACGUGGCAGAAACUUAGCAGAAGAGGUGCUGCAAAAGAAUGCCAGCAACCCUGGCUUGAAGCAACGACCAGAACCCUCAGACACCCACUUAAUGCCAGAAGUUUCUCUUGAGGAGACAAGGCAGCUGACAGUGGCACUGGUGAGGAAGCUGAAAGAGAAACAUCCUAAGGCUUCUGCUCAGAGGUGGGCGAUAAAGCAUGAAGGGACUAGUAAACCAGGCCAGUGGAAACAUUCCAGAGUUGAAAAUCCUCUGUGGAACAAGCUUGCGUACAUGUGGCCAGUCCUGCCCAGUGGCCAGCUGAAUGAGGAGUUUGAUUGGCCAAUAGAAGGACUGCUUGUUCCGAAUAGUCCUCCCAUGAAGAAACCCAUCUGUAAGACCCCGGAACAAUGUGUCCCUGUGAGACUGAGAGUGCUACAGAAUGGAGAUAAGAAUAAAGACAGAUCCAUGGUUAUAAUUGGUCCAGACAUCUCAUCUGGAUGGAGAACAGAGUGCACUGAAAUUUUAAAUUUACCUUCUGCAGCUCGGAGAUUGUUUAAUGAAAAGGGGAAGGAAAUCUUUGCCCUGAGAGACCUGCAAAGAGAUGAACUGGUGUACGUUUCGUGCGGAGAACCGUGGAUCAAUCCUGAUGUAGCCACAGCUCAGCAAAAGCAGCAAAUCUUCCUCAGGAACUUAGCAUCAGAUGUUUCCAAAAUGCAAGUCUUCUGCAGCACGCAUAAGCUAGAGGCUCUUGGUUUGGAAGUCCGAAGUGACAUUGUGCCUGGAAGCAAGCUUGCUGUGCGCAAACCUAUAGUCAUUUUUGAAGAAAAGAAGGAAGUUACAGAACCAGAGGAAAAGCAAAUGCGGGAUGCUUUAACAAUGGAAAGUGCUUCCAGAGAAAUUCUAGAUUCCCAUGCAAGAGCCCAUCUCCGAAUGGAGGCUUGCCGACCACUUCUCAGGUAUGCCUGGCAGGAAAUUCCUCAUGGCUUGGAGGAGGAUGACAAUCUUCCACAGAAAAUGGAUGAAGGGCUCUGUGAAGAUGUGGAAGCACCGAAGAAAUACAGCCAUUCUCCAAAGCAAAGUAAAUUGCAGAAGCUUUGCCAUCAGCAGUUUGAAUACAGAGAUGGGCAAAUUAUCAGCCAUGCUGCUCCUCAGCUAGUCUUGGGGGCACAGGGUCCUGGCCUGCAUUCAGGUAUGGAGGUGGUUUUGGUCAAGAAGAAACCCGGUGAUAGUCAUCAACGCUGGAUACACAAGGAAGAUAGCAGGACCUUUCACUUGGCAAGUAACCGAGAUCUUGUGCUGGCAGUGUCCAUGACCAAGGCUAGAAAUGAAGCCUGUGGCUAUCCAGUGAUUGUUCAGAAAUAUAAGGAAUACAACAAUGGAACUGCCAAUCAAAAGUGGCAUUACAUGGAAAAUAUGAAAGCAUUUAUGGCCUUUCACAGCAGUGCCCUGGACAAGGAAAUCACAUCAGCAAAUUAUGCUGGCAUCUGUACAUCUUGUGUUAGUAAAGAAAACAUUGAUCAACCAGGAUACUAUUACCUCUCACCUGGUGGAAAGAGAAUAAUGCUCUGCUUGGCUUGUGGAGGAUCCAUGAGAACAGAGAAGGAAUUGAAACAGGUGCUUCCAGGGUUUCCAUUCCUCUGUGCUUCAGGCUCCAAAACCUCGCGAGGGCCUUUCAAGGUCACCAACGUGGCCAUGGUUGAUUUAUCAUCCUCCGAGGCUGAGAAAACCCUAAGUUGUUAUGAAGAACGUCUGCUAUCUUUCCGGAUGAAGGCUGGCAUGCAAGCUGUAUCUCACAGUGGUAUGGCGGCUAAGCGCCAGAAGGCAGUGAAAAUAAUUGCAUACAAAAAUGGGGAUGGAUAUCGGAAUGGGAAGUUAAUUGUGGCUGGAACGUUCCCCAUGCUUCUUACAGAGUGCACAGAAAAACUUGGGCUUGCCAGAGCAGCCACCAAAGUUUAUACCAAGGAUGGAACCACAGUCUGUACUUUGUGUGAUUUGGUUUCAUGGGCUCUAGAUGAAUCUUUCAUUCAGAGAGACUCGAAGGAACAAAAGAAAAUUGCAGCUCCUAUUGGACCAGAAGAGACAACUCUUCAAAAAAACCCAAGAGUGAGAUUGAAAAAUAAAUUAUUUCCAAAGUCUUUGACAUCCAACAGUUUGGAUGAUGUUGACACGUCUUUGCUCAUCCAGAUCCUCAGAAAUCCUAUUGCCAUUUGGGUAUCUUGUGGUGAGCCAUUUCAACCUCCAAAUGCUUUGCAGAAAGCAGAAACAUUCGAGAAACAGAUUUGGCUUAAAAAGGACAAAAUUUUGGCUGAUCUGGAUUCCAUGAAACACAAAAUGAGACAGUUAAAAGGGCGCCGUGUAGCAGCACGUCAGCCAGCCACCAUGAUUCCCACCCAAAGCCCUGCGCAGCCAGUGGUGGUGGAAGGAGGAUGGACUGAGCCGGCUCCAGAGGAAAUUGAACUCAUGGAACUUAUAAGGCAUACAGAGGCACACCUUUCUGAAGUCCAGGAACAGCAGUCCAAGAGAAGCUUCCCAGUUGUGACUAAACGUCUGGCGGUAAAGCGGAGCAGUCUGUACAAGCAACCCAACACAAAACGGGUCUGGACCUACCUAAACGGAGGCAGACCUGAAGACGGCACCUACGCCUGGGGGAAAACCAUCUCAGAGCUGUUGGAGAAUUGUUCGUCUCGUCUCAAAAUGGCCCACCCAGCCAGAGCACUGUAUACUUCAGAUGGAAAGCUCAUUGAGUCAUGGGAUGAUGUAGAAGGAGACAUGGUCAUCUGUGUGGCCACAGGACAUGACUUUGUAACCCAAAAAGAGGUAAAGCGACUGACAGAGGUCAGAGCAAAUUAUGCCAGAAUCCGAAGGCAGCAGGGCCCGCACGCCACAGACAUUGUGGUAUCACCAUCCCGCACACCCCUGUCUCUGGCCCGGCUCUACAGCUGA